AUAUAUUCUGUCUUUUUGAUAUUGAUGAAAUCCAUUUAUAUUUCAUUCAUCUUGUUAUCAUAUCUCUUGAUUUGUUUAGCAGAAUCUCCUUACCCCAAGUCCUCAUUUCAAGCUAUACACCGCCGUCAACAAACAAAUAGUAUUUCCAACUCUUCUCAAACUAAUAGCGGUGAUACUACAACUAGUGAUGGAGGAACAGACGUUUUCAGCAAUAGCGAAUCAACCAACACAGCCCCAACUUCACCACAAACUACUUCUAUUAUCACUACUGACCAAACCACUGAUGCUUCUGUAACCCAACCAGAAACCACCACAACAUCCAUCGAGACUGUGCCCACAACAAUAACAACAAUAACAACAAUAGCAACAACCACUAUAACUCAACAACAACCAUAUACAAUAGAUCAAUCUAGCGGUGUAUCAACUCCACAGGUGACACAAAUCAAUUCAGCUACCAUCUAUUCCACUCCAACAACACAACAACCUUCUCUGACAUUCUCCUCUUAUUUACAAUCGUCAUCAUCACCAAUAGAAUCACCAAUAGAAUCAGCUAUAACCUCAGUUAACCCUUCACUUGUGCUUGGUGACAUGGAAUGUGCUGCUGAUCCUGUGGCUCAAAAUGGAAAGUGUCCAACUGGUGAUUAUUGUAAUGCUGCUCUACAAAAAUGUCAAACUCAACUCAGCAAUGGGGCUACCUGUGCAGCAGAUUUCCAAUGCAUCUCUGGCUAUUGUACUGGAUUAUGUGGCAACAGACCACAAAUCACACCAACCCAUGCAUCUUUAUCCGGUACUCAAAUAUUAGGUAUUACUCUUGGUAUAGUAGGUGGUGGAUCAAUCCUUUUGGUGGCACUCUUCUUUUGUUAUCGACGUAGAAAACGCAACUUGGAUCAGAAAAGCAGAGCACUCCAAUAUAUAAUAGAUGACGAUCAUCAAGAACAAAUGAAUGAAGUGAAGAACGAUAAUAAUGUCAGUGGGACUCGGUUGUCAAAGUACAACUUUUUGGCUCAAAUAUUGGACAGCAAACAACACCAUAAUGAUAAUACAACAGUGGACGAUGACAGUAUAUUGGAUUAUCAAAAUGAAUCGUAUCAAACUAGUCAUCAACGUCAACUAUUUAAUGCCCAUUUAUCAUCAACAUCAACCACAGCUCUUCGACCACGACCUAUGACUGAAGAAUAUCAUUUGUCUUAUUCAUCAACAUCAUCCUCACCAUCUCCUCCUCAACAACAGUUUAACGACAAUUCAUUUAAACCACGACCGGAUUCUCAGGCACUACCAAUGUUAGAUCAACCAAUCAAUAAUUAUCGUGACAGUAUGACUGAUCCUCCAUUUUCACCUGUUCCCAGUCAUUCCACAACAGAACGACAACAACAACACUUUAUGGAUAUAAAUACUUUAUGGGAUGAUGCAUUACACCAUAAUGCACAACAACAAAAGAAGAGACAAAUGAAUUAUCCACCUAUUCAAGAUGCAUGGAGUCAAGAAGAUCAAGCUUCCUUCCGCCAUCCUACAAGACAUGUUCAACAGGACUCUAUUUACUCGGAUUCCCUUUAUUCUGGACAAACAUUUAGUCCUUUGCAUUAUUCCUAGUUAUCUUUUAUCUCUAUUGUACUUUUAUAUACUUC